UUCUACCGUGACAUGCCGCGGGGUCUAGUGGGAGGAGCAGUUGCCCAGCGGCCGCCCGGCACUUCCUGUUUCCGGUUCUCGGAGUGGAGCCCAGCGAGGCGCUCGUGGGGUCGCUGGCUCUGCCGCGAGCUCUGGAACCGGGGUCUGCGGCCGGCCCCUCGCUGGUUCUGUCUCCCACCCGCGAGCAGGUACUCGGCCGGGGAUUCUGAGCUGUGGCUGCUCCCUUUGCCCGUGACACGAUGUUCCCCCUCUACAGCUCCUGGAGGACUGGCCUGCUGCUGCUGCUGCUGCUGGCUGUGGCAGUAAGAGAAUCCUGGCAGACCGAAGAAAAAACAUGCGACCUGGUAGGAGAAAAGGAUAAAGAGUCAGAGAAAGAGUUGGCUCUACUGAAGAGGCUGACGCCGCUGUUUAACAAAAGCUUUGAGAGCACCGUGGGCCAGGGCUCAGACACGUAUAUCUACAUGUUCCGGGUGUGCCGAGAAGCUGGCAACCACACCUCUGGGGCAGGCCUGGUGCAGAUCAGCAAAAGUAAUGGGAAGGAGACAGUCGUCGGGAGACUCAAUGAGACUCAGAUCUUCAACGGAAGUAAUUGGAUCAUGCUGAUCUAUAAAGGGGGUGAUGAAUAUGACAAUCACUGCGGCAAGGAGCAGCGUCGGGCAGUGGUGAUGAUCUCCUGCAAUCGACACACCCUAGCGGACAAUUUUAACCCUGUGUUUGAGGAGCGAGGCAAAGUCCAAGAUUGUUUCUACCUCUUUGAGAUAGACAGCAGCCUGGCCUGUUCCCCAGAGAUCUCCCACCUCAGUGUGGGUUCUAUCUUACUUGUCACGUUUGCAUCGCUGAUCGCUGUCUAUAUCAUCGGGGGGUUCCUGUACCAGCGACUGGUGGUGGGAGCCAAAGGAAUGGAGCAGUUUCCCCACUUGGCCUUCUGGCAGGAUCUUGGCAACCUGGUAGCAGAUGGUUGUGACUUUGUGUGCCGAUCUAAACCCCGAAAUGUGCCUGCUGCAUAUCGUGGUGUGGGGGAUGACCAGCUGGGGGAGGAGUCAGAAGAAAGGGAUGAUCAUUUAUUACCGAUGUGAUUGCACUUUAAAUGUCCGGCUUCUUCAGCCCCCAAACCAAAGCAUCCUCAGCCAGGUUUCUUAAGCAGCCUCCGCUCCAGUCUCUCAUCUCACCCUUAAUAUUGCUCUUGCUUUCCGGUUUGCUUUUGGUUUGCAUCCACUUGUCAGUAGCAGAAAUGCCUUCCCUUUGUUCCCUAUUUGUUUUCCCUCCUGAGAGGUACAGUUGUAGGACAGAGAUCAUAUAAUAGGGCCAAUGGCAGCAGAGGCUGUUGCACUGUCUCUUGGUAUCAGAAAGUACAAGUAGGGGAGUUAUCAUGAGCAAAAGGGUACGGCAGGCUCCCUGACCCUUCCUUUUUUAAACACAUUUUCACAAGUUUUUGAGACACUGGAUUUCUUUAAUUCAAAAAAAAAAAAAAAAAAGCAAAGAAACAUUAUUUAUACAAGGUUUGAUUGCUUUCAUGCUGUUACUCUGUACCCUCCAGUAGUAGUCUCCGUGAGAAUCUGGAUGUAAUUUCUUGCUGCUUGGAACUAUUUUGCAGUGAUUACUUGGUUGUAGUCCAAGUACUGCCAUUUGGUUUGAGCCUGGUGAUGUCAUAGACUUAAUUCUCCCACCUCUGGGAUUAGGAUGGGAAAAUUUGAAAUUUCCCAAUUAGAGGAUUACAAGGUACCAUACAUCAUUUGCUGGCAUUGGAGUGACUUUAUCGCUGGAGCUAGGACCUGGAUUGUAGUCUUAGGUUAUUGGUCCAUCGGCAGCCAAAAUGCCUAAUCCAGGAGUCCAGUCCAUUGGAAAGGGACAUUGAAAUUGACCUCCUAUGCUGCCGGUGUUCCAGAAAAGGGAAGUCUGUUUACCUUGUAGUGGGAUCUCCUUGAUGACUUGCUUCUCCCACUUGCGGUCAAAGCUGGCAAAGCUUUUCUUACUCCUAAAACAUUCCCUCCAGCAGUAUUUCUAAACAUGUUGCACUUUCCUUCGUAGGCAUGUCAUUUUGACUUUUUUUUUUUUUUUUUUUUUUUUUGCCCCCAGUCUUCUGGAAAGGGAAUGGAGGCAGAAGUGGGACAUCCAGGGCCCUGCCACCUUCCGCCCUGGCUGCGGCGGCUGCAGCACUUGUCCCUUUUUCUGGCUCAGGGACGUGUCUUCUUGCCCACGACAUUACUUCUGUGGGGAGACGGUCUUAAUCUUCUGAUGCUUCCACCUUUCUGUUCAGGCCGUGUGCCCAGAAACCUGGCCUGAUCUUUGUGUGGUAGCGAGCCUGGGCCACUGAAGAGUAACAUGGCUCCACUGGACACAGGAGGAUGGAAUCAAUAGGCAGGGGCCUUUCUUAGCCUUUAGAGAAGGAAAUGAAAUGAUUUCAUCUUUGGACUUUUAAAUACUAUUGGAAUGAUUUUUUUUUCUUCUUUCUAAACAGGGAAAAUAAUGUUAUAAAAGCAUCUUUUUUGUUAUUUGUUUGCAUCCCUCCCCCACACUCUGGUGUUUUAAAAAUGCAAAAAAUAUAUGUAUACAUUUUUUUGUACAAAAACACUUAAAAGAUUUAAAAAAAAAACACACAGUUGGCCUAGUCAUUUGUGUGAAAGAAGAGGGUAGAUACACUGGAAUGAUGGAGUAAGAGACAACUGAGACCAAUUUUCAUCCUUUUACUGAGGAGGAAAAAAAAUAUUUAAUAUUUUUGUUGUAUAAGGUAUAGCGCCUAAGGCAGGUACUUCUAUUCCUGACCUCAGUCCCACGCGCUCCUGCUUUAUAAAGCUAUAGGACAGAGCAGAGUUGGAAUGGAAAAGAAAGGUGGGGUAGGAGACAACAGAUAAAACUGGAAAGGAGCAGGGGGAUGCGGAAAGAAAGACAACAGCCACAUGUGUGCCCAAAACUUUUAGUCCCUGCAGCAAAUCAGAAUGAUGCCAACCCAGUCUCUACCCUGGCUGGUGACCCUGCCGUGGAUGCAGGAGAAAAUAUCCAAUACUAAGGGAGUGACAACAAAACUCUGGGCCACAGCUACAGUCAGACGAUCCAGAGGGAAGAGGGAGUGCCAGAUUUUGCUACUUGUGUCACACAAGCUAGAAGACCCUAGCUCCCCCAUUGCUGAGGCACACCUACAUUCCACCCAUUUCCUCGCCUCACCAUACUGUACAUUCCUCCUCUAGGAGAAUUCUGACCCUGGCUAGACGCUCCGCUCCGGGAUAAGGCCGAGCAGUCCUAGUUCUCUAGACUGCCUCGUUUAUAAAGAUUGGAUGAGGGUAGGUGAGAGUCGUAAAGAUUUAAAAAAUAAAGGAGAACCCAGAGAAACGUCAAAGCUGCCGCCAUGUAGCACCAGCGACCAAUUCUUGCACUUGUCUUCCCUGUCUCAGUAAUCCCCUCUACAGAAGACAUACAUAAUUGGAACAGCUCUGUCUUCCCUGUGAAGUCUCUGCUGGCACCAGGUUAUAACCUGGACAGUGGGGAGUGUCUGCCUUAGGCUGGUUUGUGCAAGAGGGCCACCUUAGGUCUCCUUGAGGACGUUUAUCUUGGCGCAGAUCUUGAGGGCAGGGCCCAGCUUGAUGUUCAUGGCACUCAUAAGAUGUUCCUCUUUAAGUAAUAAAAGGGCCUGUCCAUCAAUCUCCUGGGAACGAAACUCCUCUGCAAUCUCUUGGCAGCCUAGAAGGAAAUGAUGGGAAUAUGUAUGAGAAACUACACGGUAGUACCAAAGUACUUGUCCUAAUUUCAGUAAUACAGUGGUCUGAGACGGCAAGCUUUGGAAGCAAAAUGAAAUCAGAGCAACUGGCUAUUUAUAAAAACAAAAAGAACCAAGACAGGGACUUCCCUGGUGGCGCAGUGCCCGCCAAUUCAGGGGACGUGGGUUCGAUCCCUGAUCCGGGAAGAUCCCACAUGCCACAAAGCAACUAAGCCUGUGCGCCACAACUACUGAGCCCACACACCUAGAGCAGCCCAUGCUCCGCAACAAGAGAAGCCGCUGCAAUGAGAAACCCGUGCACCGCGCUGAGGAGCGGCCCCCGCUCACCGCAACUAGAGAAAGCCCGCACACAGCAACGAAGACCCAACG